AUGGGCGACCCUGGAGGAAUGACCAACCCCAAGCUGAAGACCCAGCUAUGGGAGUACGGCCGUCGCAGGAGGACCGAUGGUCCCUACGCCGAUAACCUGGAGGUCGAUGCCCUUGUCGUCGGUGGCGGCUUCGGCGGCGUGUUCUGCUUCUGGUCCCUUCGCAGACAGGGGCUGAAGACUGUCAUCUACGAGGCUGGCACCGACCUCGGAGGCACUUGGCGAUGGAACUGCUACCCCGGGGCGAUGGUCGACUCGGAAGUCCCGGAAUAUCAGUUGUCGAUUCCAGAAACGUGGAAAACGUACAACUGGCCCUCCAACUACCCUACCUACAGGGAACUUCGUGACUACUUUGACCACUGCGACAAGGUGCUGGACAUCAAGAGUCAGACGGCGUUCGAGAGCGUCGUCGUCGAAGCCAAAUUCAACACGGACGAAGGACGCUGGUACGUCAAGACGGCCGACGGCCGCACAGCCAAGGCCAAGUACCUCGUCGUCGCGGCGGGCUUUGCCGCCAAGCGCUACGUGCCCGACUGGCCGGGAAUCGAGAAGUUCAAGGGCACCGUCCACCACUCAUCCUUCUGGCCCGACGAGGAGAUCCCGGUGCAGGGCAAGAAAUGUGCUAUCAUCGGCACGGGCGCCUCUGGUGUCCAAAUCACUCAGGCGUGGGGCCCUAAGGCAGGUGAGCUCAAGGUCUUUCAACGCACCCCAAACUUGACGGUGCCGAUGCGCCUACGUGCCCUCACGGCCGAAGAGCAGUGGGCCGGCAAGAAGUGGUACCCGGAGCUCUUCGACCUUCGUGAACGCUGCUUUGGCGGGUUCCUGUACGACUUCUCCGAGAAGUCCCUAUUCGAAGACACGCCCGAGGAGAGAGAACGGUUCUUCGAGAAGCUUUGGAGUGAUGGCGGCUUCCGCUACUGGCUGGGCAACUACAAGGACUACCUGUUCGACCCGAAAGCCAACCGUGCCGUUUACGAUUUCUGGGCCAAAAAGCAACGCGCUCGUGUCAAUGACGCCAAGAAACGCGACAUCCUAACACCCGUCGAGCCUCCGCACCCAUGGGGCGUGAAGCGUCCAUGUUUGGAAUAUGCGUAUCUGGAGCAAUUCAACCGACCAAAUGUCGACGUGGUGAAUAUCAAGAACAACCCCAUCGUCGCCUUUGACGAAAAGGGUAUUGUGCUACAAGACGGCACGCACCACGAAUUUGACAUCAUUUGCAUUGCCACGGGGUUCGAUAUUACCACCGGAGGCAUGACGGCCAUGGGAUUGCACAACAUCAACGGCAACACCCUGGACAAGGAGUGGAAGAAGGCCGCGGUGACGUACCUGGGUACCACGGUCCCCGGGUAUCCUAAUAUGUUCCAUCUCUACGGUCCCCACGGCCCGACACUUUUGUCCAAUGGACCGACUUCCGUGGAGAUCCAGGGCAGGUGGAUCACGGAUACCAUCAUGGAGAUGGAGCGCCAGGGAAUCAAGUACAUCAACCCGACCGACGUGGCAAGCAUGCAGUGGAAGCAGAAGAUCAAUGAGUUGAGCGACAAGUCCCUCUUCCCGACGACCAAGAGCACCUACAUGGGCGGCAGCAUGCCCGGCAAGGCAUUCGAGCAGGUCAACUAUGCCGGUGGCAUGUACAACUACCACCAGGACAUCAGGAAGGUUCUGCCCAACUUUGAGGGAUUCCAUGUCGUCAAGACAUGA